ACCAAACACUGCUAUUGAACACAGAUAAAAAAAAAAUUAAAGAAACUACUGAAUAUAGUGAUCAAUGUCAUAAUAUUUUUAUUAUUUUCUGGUGCAAAGUGUUGUUUAUUCAGCAUGGAGCUGUUGAUUCUCCUUCUGCUGUCAACAUCAAUUUUAGCUCAGAAUUACCAUCGUCCUCGGGACUUGAACAGUGAACCGUUUAUGCCAAUAUAUCCAACGUUUCCAUACAGUCCCAAGUUGAUGAAACGAGGAGCAGAAAGAAAUAUCGCAACUCCAGAAACACAAGAUACUUAUAGUCCAAAACAAGAUCCACGAGAUGCUUCAUCCUAUCCCUUGAAUAAUUAUUCUGGAAAGGAUUCUUAUUAUUCCCCCUAUAAUGCAUUUUCAAAAACACCUGCUUCUUCACCACCUUCACCACCUUCACCACCUUUACCAUCUUCAUAUUCUUCUCUCUUUCCUUCAAGUUCCUUAGGCGCCAAUUCUUUUGGUUCCUCUCCUUUUGGUUCCCCUCCUUUUGGUUCCUCUCCUUUUGGUGCCUCUCCCUUCGGUUCCACUGCUUUUGGUGCAAAUCCUUUUGGAGGUAUUCCAUUUAAUCCCUUAAACAAUUUCGGUAACGCUUUUCAAAAUUCACAAGUUCCACAGCUUCCACCUGGCUCAUUUCCAGCAAGUAAUUUCCCCAAUUUUUAUUCUCCUCCAGGUCAGUUUCCUAAUUUUUACAAUCAAUAUCCAUUUUUAACACCGGGUGCUAACUAUCCAAACAAGAAGGACGACGAUGACGACGAUGAUGACCGAAAGGGAAAAAAGUCCAAAGGAAGAUAUAAGGAUGAUAAUGAUGAUACCCAAUUUAGAGACGGAGGAAAUUUCCUGUCAUCAAACAGUAAGGAUUUAGAUGGUCAGUCAUCCACCUAUAAAGGAUCAAGUUCCUUUAAAUCAAAUUAUGCCGAAAGGCUAAACGGUAUUCCAAACCAAUCUGCCAAUUUGGAUUUCGACUCUGACUCUGAAAUCAAAUCUCAACAAUUGGAACAACUUAUGCGUAAAACGCUGAUCAAGUUACUUGCACAGAGUGUUGCUCAACAAGUGAGCCAAGCUCAGUAUCCAAUCUAUGAAACAAGCACUUCUCCUAAUCAGAACAUAAGAAAUAAUGAUGGUUAUACUUCGGGUCCUAAAACUGGAUUUUCCUACGUGAUAAAUCCUUCGAUAAUUAAUAAACCUACGAAUCAACUUGGCAGUGGAUUGACACCAACAACACAACUAAUCACAAAGAAUCCAAGAUUUCCCGAUUCACAGUAUCCAAAAGCACCGGGACUUUUUCUUACACCCCUGAAGAGUAGCCGAAAUCCAAGUUCCAUUCCUUCUCCUGAUUAUGGUGACUAUGAGUCUCAACCGUCGCAGGUAGAUCAAAAUUAUCAAGCAUCAUCGAACCAGGAGCAGAGAGCAAGUUUUAAAAGUAAAAAUUUACCCACACAAACACCUCAAACUUCAAGUUUUGAGUACUCGAGUUAUCAGCCAACUCCGCCGACCACAUCGUCCCAGCAAAAAGAAUUGGAUAAUGUUAGUAUAAAUUUCAGUAAUAAGAAAGAUAAUAAAAGAGGGUAAAAUUAAAUUUUGUUAAUUAAUGCUAAUUAAAUUUUGUUAUUUUGUUAAUUCAUGUUAAUUAAAUUUUGUUAAUAUGUUGAUGAUUUUGUUAAUAUUUUUUGUUGAUAUGCUAAUGUUUGAUAUUGUCAGCUAAAUUAAAAAUAUGCGUCUGCAGUACUUAUUGUGAUACGCAGGUAAUUAUGAAACUUGGAUAAAAAUAUAUUUUAAAGUACUUACCUUGAAAUUAAAAAAAAUUUAAUUCUUACAAAAUUACCGUUAUUAAUUAAAAAUUUCAAAAUUUGUAGAUAAGUGUUUGUUUUUAUUUUCAAGUAAGAAAAUUUUCUUAGUUGAAGAAACUUAUUUCUUGAAAAGUAUGUAAAUUGUUGAAUAAUGUAAAAAACUGUUGUUAAGUUUUAUUAU